UAGACACUUGUGAGGGUGGAGGUGCGGUGUUGGCUUUCUCUUCAAUGUUGUGUUAGAAAUUUUCCUUCUCACAAUGGAAACCUCAGAGCACGAAGACAAGGUUGUAGGAGAACCACAGAAGGGUAGCCAUGUGGUUCAUGUCAGAGCAGAUAGUGACAGUGAACUUCAGGCUCUGUUUGAUUGCGUUUUGAAGCCUUCCAAACAGAUGCCGCUUCAGAAACCAUUCAAGAUGCGAAACUUGCCUGCCUCAUUCUUCAAACCCCCUACCCACCGUCAAUCUCCAGCGCCCACAGUGACCCAUUCGAGAGAGAGCUCCGCAGACUCCACUUAUGGCGGAGGCGGUGGUGGAGGCCCUAUAAGAGUUGGUGGAGCUAUGUCUCCGGCUGCUGCUCCUCUUCCACCAGCUCCACAACACUUCCGACAUCAUUCCUCUCCUGCAUCUUUGCAGCAAACUUUUGCAGUGGCACAGCAAACCAACAUUGGUGGACAUGCCAAACAACACUCCUAUGAUGCCCUUGCUGAGGAUAUGUCGCCACUGCCCCCUGGCUGGGAACAGGCUCGUACUCCACAGGGACAGAUAUAUUAUUUAAACUGCCACUCCAGCGGAUACAGACGUCACAUCACGCAGACCACAACGUGGGACGACCCACGCAAGAAGGUCCAAGCCAAUCCCAGCCAAACGAACGCCAACCAACAACAGCCUGCUCCCCAACAACAACAGCAGCAACAACAACAGCCGCAACCAGCACCUACCACCGUUCAGUCCAACCCUGUUGCUGUCCAGCAAACCCAGAACAACGUAGUGCAGCUAACAACCCCGUCCCUACCAGCCCAGAACCCUGCCCAGCCCAACCCUGCCCAGCACUUAGGUGCCCUCAACACCAACGGCACAGCCCUCACCAACCCUCUUCUGAACACUGAUCUGCUCGGCCCUCUCCCCGAGGGCUGGGAACAAGCCAUCACCGCUGACGGCGAAAUUUAUUACAUCAACCACCAAGAGAAAGCCACAUCUUGGUUCGACCCCCGAAUACCGCGACGAUACCAGACGGCGCAGCUGCAGAAGACGCCGCUAGCGCAUCAGCACAGCCCCAUUGCCUCCCCCAACUCUCAGUUGCAGCAGUUGGUGGGGGGUAUGAUGGGUCCCCGGUCCCCCUCCACGCAGCACCUCCCCCGCCUCCCCCUCGAUAACAACAGACUCAAGAAUCGACCAAACUCCCCCGACGCCAGGAAGAAGGUUGGUGAUGUGGCUGCGCUGUUGCAGUUACGGCAUCUCAGACGCCACGAAGACGUUAUAUGGGAGUCUGCUGACAGUGGGCUGGGGCUGGGCGGUAACGGCGGUGCCCAUAACGGCAGCACACCGGGCUCUGCCCACUCCUACACGCCCCACCAGACGCCCACUACACCUGAGGACUUCCUUGCAGCCAUGGAGGACGUCGAGAUCACGCCUUCUGAGAACAGGAGAGCCCGUGUUGCAGGUGUGGUCAACUCGCCCGCCCCUCCCAUGAUGGAAGCAAAUGACCUCGAAUCCAUGGACUCUGAGGACCUCGUGCCGUCUAUAAACAUCCCGUGCGAACUUUCGAGCGACUUUUUAAGCGAAGUGAUUGGAUCGAACAGAAUGGACAACACGUGGCUGUGAAGGUCAUGCUUCUGGCGUGCACCAUCACCUCGAUCUGCUGUUGUGGGCUGCGAUGUUGCUCCUUCACUUCACCUACUCCACGGCACCAAACUCACCAACGCACGCAAAAUCCUACAACGAAUAUCAACGUUAUUUCUGAAGCUACAAUUCAACUGUCCUGUAAUUUAGUGCCUGUAAAAAAUUGCAAAGCAAUUUAAAUUCAAAUCUCAAUUAAUUUGAAUUCAAAAGAAGCAAAUUGUACAAAUUAUAUCAUUCGUUGAUUCGUUCGUAUUCAGGCAUUAAUGUUACGAACUCGAGCGCGUUUGUGUUGAUUGGUUGCACUGGGUUGAAUUUCGCGUGUUGGUGAGUUGAAAUGAGUCGAAUUUCGUGCGCCCGCACCGCCGAAGCGCUUCAAAUGUUUACGACAAAAAGGGCCUAAAUUUAAGUUACGAAGAUAAGUUCGAAUGGCUGCGUUCUCCGUAGGCAACUUCUGUGCUCAAAUUAUACCAUAGAAACUAAACCUGCUUUUGUCUGAACUUCAACGUUAGUUUAAUGUUUCAUUUUUGCUGCAUAUGCAGUACUGUACCUUCCGCCUAACUUACCUAUACCGACUGUGGGUGUCAUGGCGGAUGAAAUGCCAUGGUCGUAAGUCUACUAACUUCAGUCUGAUCUGUGAUUGUGACAAUCCCUCUAGUAGGUGCAACUUAUGCCGAUUAUUAUCUAUUAGAAUGUAAUACUUACGAAUCAUUGAUGACAUAUUAAGCUGCGGGUUCGUUAUAACUACUGGCCGGUGUCAUGAGUGGUUGCGUAACAAUAUUCAAACCGCCUCUGAGAGUACAUUUGAUUCUGCUGGUAUUGGUAGUGACCAUAUUAAAUAACUUGUUCCAGGAACCUGCUAGCUAACUAUGCUCAUAGUUUUGAAAUGCAAAAGAGUUAUUAGUGUCGCAAUGUAAUGUUGAGGUCUGAGCAUGCGACUGUCUCUACACUUGCUCUUAGUUUUCUCUGCAGUUCUUAUUUUAUUACGACAGCUUCUCAGCUUGAGUGUCAAAUAAAAUCGUGUGCGCGUUGCCAGGAUCGAGAACAUGUCGCCACGAGACGACUGUCGUAGUCCUCGGCGAAGGCUGCUAAGUUUGGCAGCUAUUGUAUUGAUGAACAUGAAUAUUUUUCCAUUUUUUUCUUGGCUUCUUUUUAUAUUAACUCUAUGACUUGUCAAUUAUUUUAUCCCUAUAAACAUUUCUGUUUUUUGCCUAAAUGAAGACUGAAACGCUUGUGCUUGUCUUAUCAAGAGAGACAGUCGUGUUCUGUGGCCUUGCUUCGGUCUGUUUGUGAUGGUUCACUGAUUGCAUGUAACAGUUCAAAGCUCAGCGACCUACGGGCUCUGGAUUCGUUGAAGGUUGUGUCUUAUAUGAAGAACUUACGUGCCUUUUAAAACUCGUUCAUUAAAUGGUUUCUUACUUGACUUGUACGUGUUGAAUAUGUUAACUGAUUUUAGAAAAUAGAAAUAGGUUGAAAUCCUCUAAUAAUAAUUAAUAUAAUCUCGUAUUGUUCACAUUUUCCGUGUUUUGUUAGCCUUGAUAUUGGUCGGACUGUUAUAAUUCGCCUUUAAAUGUUGUCUGCUAUUGAAUUCCCGGAAUGGUUUUGUUAUUGAUGAUAUUGUUAGCGUGCAAAUCCUGGCAGCUUGGCAAAUAGCAGCUAAAACAUCGAUGUCUUAAAUGCGUUGCAGUACAAGUUCUGGUGUCGUGAAUUUGUUACGUCGAGAGUAAAUUGUGUGUGAGCCUUGCAAGUCUCUGGACGAGAGCAAGCCUAUGAAGCGACACUCUGUCUACUGUAUUAUAGCGUUACUUACUUAAACUACUUACUAUAUCAUCAACUUUGCAGCUAUGUACAGCCUUUUUACUCUAGCAACGAGUUAGUGUAGUAAACUUGAGUGUUACUAUCUCACUAACACACUUUUGGUCACAAGUGCGUUCCUCAUAUUGUACAUGUCCCGUAUAAGGUUUGUGUUAUGUGCCUCAGCUAGCCUUGCAAACUUCGGCUUUGCAACAAAUAGCGCUCGUCAUGCAGUCGGCAUAACGCUCUUAAAUUCCCCUCUAUUUUUACUUGAAUGUUUUCAUGCACAAAAUAUUAUCCAUGCGAUAUGGUUUCCCCGCUAGGUAAUUUUCCGAUUUUCAUGUCAGUUUUCUGUGAAUUCUAUCCUUGUAUUGUACCGAACAUUUCUGACAGAUUUUAUACUUGAUAGAUUUUAAUUCUGGUCUGCUGGAGUAAUUAAGUGUACACGUGACUAUGUCUAAGUAAGUCGUUCAGAGUUAGCUUGCCCCUGAGUACUUCGUGCCUAGUAGAGUGAGUUGCAGUUUAAUCAGUAAAAUUUAUAGCAGACGUUAUUAUUGUAAGAUGUGACGGGCAUGCAUGUAUCGGACAGGUGAGAUUGUUUAGCUCAGUACGCGCUUAAGCUUACGCUGUAACCUUGUGCUCAUACUACGGAACUAGUGCGGAAGUAGCGGCCUUAAUCAACUAUUGUGAAUUGGACAUGACAGUAAACCGUCCCUUGUGGUGCCUUAUGAGUUAUUGGUGGUCGUUCAAGUGAGCAGCUCAUCGCCGAUGUAUUGGCAUUGUUUCUUUAUAAUCCAAUUGUGAACCCAAAGAAUUUAUCUGUUUUACCUGCAUCAUGUGUCUGACAAUAACUAUCGAGUAAGAAAAUAUUCGGAGUGUUAGUUCGUUCAUUCAUUGUUCAGAUGGCGGGACAUCAAAUUUAGACUUUUCCCGAGUCCAUGUGAUGUUGUAGCACAUCGUUUGCGCUGACAUCAGGUUAUCAUGAAUUAUUUCUUCUCAAUAUCCAUAGUCGCCAUUGAUAAUCGUGAUAAAUUUAUUUAAUAACUCAUGAAAUUUUGUAAGGAUCAUGUUUGAGAUUUCGUUCCAAGCCUUUCUUUAUUGAUAAAUUAGUGGUGGUCAACUUAGCUCUUAGUGUAUGCUUCAAUGAGUGAAGAAUUUUGUGCUCAAGUGCUUUUCUACAAUAAGGCACAUGAUAGAUACGUAGAACCAUUGUUGUUUAUUGUGGUGGGCAGGGUUGUUGCUGCCGGGAAGUUUUCACUUGAUUUCGGCAUCAUCCGUUACGUUUUGCAUCAACGAACUGAAUUUCGUUUUCUUCACAAUUUGUUCUUUGGUUAUAUGUUCUUUAAAUUGACCCAAAACGAGUGUUUUUCAUGACCUCGCAUGUUCACCUCGUGUGUUUUUAAGCAUUUCCGUCUUUUUUAACAUUCGGAGGCAGGGCAAAAUUUCACUGUUCCCCCGCACAAGAGAGUUACACUUUUUCUAUAUCAAUGCGUGUGUAGUCAGCAUAAACUUAUAGAUAAAUAAUUCGUUGCUAGACUAGUUAUAAAAUUGGGCGUUGUAGGGUUAAGUGAUCUCCUCUUCAAUAAAACAACCAAAGUUCCUGAUGAAACUUCAAACGUUUCGUAUCUUCCAUAAAGUAGUAUAUUCGGUUAAAUGUUCUGUGGUGAUCCAAGAAGACUCCUUCUAUUUAGCCUCCUAGAUUUGCUCACUCUAGCGGUAUAUCUAGUGUAGCUUCUCAGGUCUGUGACGAAGUAGCAAAUAUGUUGAUAUUUUCUACUGAACAAAUAUAUUGAUACGACAAUUAAUCGUACAGAAUGCAUGUGUUUACGAUAAUUAUACAACGACUCUUAGCUUCAGCUUAUGCUUGAAAUUACUUAGGAUACUAGUUGGAAAGCAUGAAAAUAAAUCUAAUGUUUGUCGACUGCUCGUAACAAAGACCAGGAAGAGGUUUUCCCUCUCACUGCACCGGUCGUCUGUUUCGUAUCAAGUUUUGAUUCUUCAUCUCUAAUUAUACAUGAGGCAGCUUGCGUUGUCUGAUGCAAAAUCUUCAACGGCUCAAGAUUGAGAUUAUCUAAUGAUGUUUAGUCGAGGCAGAAGCUUAAACCUUGUAUAAAUCACGCCCUGUAUCAGCACGCUAACAUUGCGGCAGUGAAGUCCAGCCAACAGGCGCGUCCUUGGUGCAGCCUACUCGAAGAAACCAAACUGUGGGCUUAACACUGCUGCAGAUACGCAGUUAUGAGUGUGGGUCAUCUCGCUUAGCUUCUCUGUAAGGUGACAUCGACAAGAACAGUGUUGCGUGGUCUGAUUUUGACACGUAGAACUCCCCACGUAAUGGUAGGAAGGCUGCUGUUAUAGACGCGUUGCACUCGGACUAUUUGGGCGAGACGGUGUCGUCUGCUCCCGGUCCGGUGUGCGAUAAGUCUAAGUUAUCGUCAAGAAUUUGUUGUUGCGCUCCUAACCUAAUGUGAUAUAUUUCUUAUACCUCAUCUAAUUAUUCUCUGCGUUUCUCAUGGCAGCUAACCGGUCUAGUUAGUGACCUAGCUAUGUAAUUUGCUAACGACAGUUAGAGUGGUUCGUUCUGUCGUCAUUUGAAGAUCAUAACUAGUGUAGUGUUGGCGUUAGAGUGACGGCGCUCCAUGAAACCUAAAAACUAUGUCUUUAAUGUUUCUCUCUUCUUUAAUUGACACGUCUAGACUUCUAUAACUUACUAUUAUUCAGAACUUUUUGUUAUGAUAAGAAAAAUUACAUUGCAUUUCGCGGUUUCGAUACCACGGCUGCUUAUCGACGCGAACGCAGGCCUUUUUGUACAUCAUUUUUAGUCUUACUGAAGCAGGUUUUUACAGCUCGAAUAUCAUUGUAAUGAGCAUUUGUGUAGUUAGUCUUUGCUUUUUAGUGGCCAUAUAUUGUAUUUUGUUUAGAACAUCUCAUCCCCUUGAUUAUCUCUUCUUCAUCUUCGUGAUGUUGCUCUCCUUCUGUGGGUAUUAUUUCGACGUCUUCUUAUCUCAAGUAUAUUUUUACUCAGU